UAGAUACUUCACGUCGACGGCACAACCCACACAACCACACAAACCCGCUUCUGUGCCUCAGAUAGGACAUACAAGAACCUCGAGAGCGCAGCCAAGAGAAAGAGAAAGAGUAGGACUCAGGACAGCAAGACCCCAGUUCGCCACUAUGCAUCGCGCUCCUGCAGCCAUGGUUACUAAGCCAUUAACGGACUCCAAUGUCGAGAUCAGGACGCCUAGGGACCCGAAUACGCUGUCUAACUAUCAUAACUUCGUUACAAAGCACACGAGUGUGGACUUCGAGAUCGACUUCGAGCACAAGAUCUUAAGCGGUGCGGUGGGGCUCGACUUAGAGAGCCUGACGGAUGAGGAUGUAAAGGAAAUUGUGUUAGAUAGCAGCUUCCUUGACAUCUCGGAAGUCAAGGUCGAUGGAAAGUCCGCCAAGUUCGAAGUCGGAGAUCGCAUUGAACCAUAUGGCGCUCCUCUGCGCAUCACUCUGCCUUCAUCCGUUCCUAAGGGCGAGAUUGUCAGCCUCGUCAUAGCCGUUUCGACGACCAAGAAAUGUACUGCCCUCCAAUGGAUGACGCCUGCCCAGACCUCUAACAAGAAGCAUCCGUACAUGUUCAGCCAGUGCCAGGCCAUCCACGCUCGUUCCGUGUUCCCCUGUCAAGACACUCCGGAUGUCAAGUCGACAUUUAGCUUCUCUCUGCGUUCGCCCCUCCCUGUGCUUGCGUCUGGUCUCUCAACUGGCGCGAGCGACUACCAGCCACCCAAGAACGACGGCGAGCAGGGUACGCUGAAGUAUACUUUCGAGCAGAAGGUGCCGAUCAACAGCUACUUGUUCGCGGUCGCCAGUGGGGAUCUAGCAUGCGCUAGCAUCGGCCCACGAAGCACAGUCUGGACCGGACCCGAAGAGUUACUCGAGUGCCAGCGCGAGUUGGAAGGCGAAAUCGAACCCUUCAUGAAGGCCAUUGAGUCCACCGUCGCACCCAACUACCAAUGGACACAAUACAACAUACUCAUCCUCCCGCCCUCGUUCCCAUAUGGCGGUAUGGAAAACCCAGUCUGGACCUACGCAACACCCUCCAUCAUCUCAGGCGACAAGCAGAACAUCGACGUCAUCGCUCACGAGCUCUCCCACUCAUGGUCCGGCAAUCUCGUCUCCUGUGCCAGCUGGGAGCACUUCUGGCUCAAUGAAGGCUGGACCACCUACCUUGAGCGCCGCAUCCAAGCCUCCAUCCACGGCGAACCGCAUCGCCAUUUUUCCGCCAUCAUCGGCUGGAAAGCGCUCGAAGAGAGCAUCGAGCGCUACGGCGCUGACCAUGAGUACACCAAACUCAUCACCAACCUCAAGGGCCAGGACCCGGACGACGCCUUCAGCUCCGUGCCGUAUGAGAAAGGCUUCCACGCGCUCUACCAGUUCGAACUACUCCUGGGAAAGGAGAAGUGGGAUACCUUCAUCCCACACUACUUCUCCACCUUCGCCAACAAAUCCCUUGACAGCUACGAUUUCAAAGCCUGCCUGCUCGAUUUCUUCGCUUCCGACGCCGAGGCCUCCAAGAAACUCGCGGACCUCGACUGGGACAAGUUAUUUUACGCCCCGGGGUACCCGCCAAAGCCGCAAUUCGACGACAGCCUGGUCAAGACGUGCUACGAGCUCGCCGACAAGUGGGAAGCGCGCGUCUCCGGCGGCGCGAAGGGCGAUUUCAAGCCCCAGGCGUCUGACAUCGAGAGCUGGGUGUCCAACCAAUCCGUCGUCUUCAUCGAGCGUCUGCAAUCCUUCGGCACCAAGUUCUCUGCUGAGGACAUUCAUCUCCUCGGCGAGACAUACGGAUACAACAAGACCUCCAACAUCGAGGUUUCCUCCCGAUACCUCUGUCUUGGUCUCAAGGCGAAGGCGCCCGAGACGUACCAGCCUGCGUCUGAGCUGCUGGGCAAGAUUGGUAGGAUGAAGUUCGUCCGGCCGUUGUUCAGGUUGCUCAAUGAAGCGGACCGUAAGCUGGCUGUGGAGACGUUUGAGAAGAACAAGGACUUCUACCACCCUAUCUGUAGGCAGAUGGUGGAGAAGGAUUUGUUUGGAGAUGAGAGCAACUAAGUAGGUCGCAGCAGGGCGAAGAAAGGCUGCGAGAAGGCGAGAGAAAUACUUGGUCUGUAACUAAGAAAUUGAAUUGUUG